AUGCUUAGCUUGGCCAGUGGAGGUUCUUCUAAUGAAGCCAUUUUGGGAUUUCGAUCUAUAGUUCAAUUAUCUUGGGCCCUUACCAUCCGCAAAGUUGCUCAAUUGCAAGCUGAGCUUAUUAGGCAGAGACAGGCUGAUCCUGUUUCUUCAUCCUUGCAGUCACCAAAUGAUAUCGAUAUAAGCGAUGAACAAUUGGCUAAUAUUGCAAUAGACAACGGUGCCUUGGAGUUUUUGAGAUUAAUUAUUGACCUUCCGGAAUGUGAACCACUUUGGACACGACGGCUCCACGGUCUGAUAACUGAUUUAAUUGUAUUAUUACCUAUGCGCGUCCGAGAAAUACGACUUAGAGAUGAGGAGCUUGCUCGUAGAACCGGUAUGGAUCCUUCUGCCGACGGACGUGGCUUUGCCAAUCUCCUCCUCCUUAUCGGAGAUAUUUACUCUUCUGAUCAGAGUUCAACUGGUUUUGGAAAUCCCCAUACGGCUCGUUUAACUCUCUCCUAUUGGUGGUCCGCCGGUAGUCUUUUGGAUUCCCAAACUGAUGCUGCUGUCCAUGCAUCAGUCGAGGCAAUCCCCAAUCAGUCACGACUUGUUGAAGUUGAUAGGUUGCGCCAGUCUGCCCUUUUCCGCUUCGUAAGAUCAGCGAGUGACUUCGUUUCUUCCUCUUGCCUAUACGUACCUUACCUGCACAUGCUUCGUGGGCUCGUGUGCACGCAAAGAGCCGCUGAUUUAUGCUUUAAACUUCUCUCUGUGAAUGCUAGCGGAGCAGGUAAAUUAUUUGAAUGCUUGAAACAAUAUACCAGAAGAAAAAGGUGUUUAUUUGCAAAAUAA